AUGUCUCCAAUUAAAUUUAUAUCGUUAAUUAAAGAUAUUAAGGCAUCACACGGAUUAAAAUUUUACACCUUUUUAUUAACCUUUAUAAUAGCAAUACCUCUUUUACAUCUGGUCUUCGUAUUUGAUUUUAUCAAUUACUUAAACUAUCCCAUAAUCAAAAUUAAUAUAAUAUUACCUCAACAUUCAAACGCAUCUACCGUGAAUUAUCAAAACCGACCUCCUGACGGUUAUGUCAUUGACAUAAAUCGGGUUAAUAAACAUUGUGAACCAAUAAAUUAUACCACCGCCGUACUUUAUAAAUAUCCCGUACAAAAUUGUUUGGAUUAUUUGGAUUCAAAACAAGCUGAUUAUUUGGUAAAACCUUCUUCUCCAAAAUAUUGUAAUGAAAAUGAUCCAAUGAUUUUUCAUGUUUAUUGGAGAGGUAAAGAUGCCGAAAAAAUUGCUUUAAUGAUUAAAUCUUUUUUAUACACUCAACCUUUAAGGUGCUCUUGUCUAUAUAUUUGGGUUGACGAAAACUAUGAAGAUCUUCGAUUGAAUAAAAAGAUUUGGCCAUUAAUUCGUUUCUCGGGAAAAAAUUUAUUCUUUAAAAAAUGGAUCACCGAUGAACAAUUGAAUUCCGAUCCUAUUUUUCAUGGUUGGAAGUCUAAGUUAAGUUUAAGUCAAAAUGUUGUUGGAUUUAGUGAUAUAGUACGUUUUGCAUUACUUCAUCGUUAUGGUGGAAUGUACUUGGAUGCUGAUGUACUUUGUCUUAGAGAUAUGAGCCCGAUUUAUAAUUUGAACUUUGACUUUGCUUAUCGUUGGAGUUUUUGGACUCAUUAUAAUACUGCUAUAUUAAGACUUCAUCCUAAUAGUACUAUAGGUAGAACAAUUAUUCAGGAAGCGAUGUUGAGCAAUAUGGAUUUUCAUCCGAUGUCGAUUAAAGAAUACAUUAUAAAGGAUAGGUCCAAAUCAAUAACUAUUCAAGAUUUGAAUCAGCAUCUUUAUAUGAUGCCGGUAAUUUUAUUUGAUCCUUUAUGGUUAAAAGUUGAUUUAACCAUUGUAAAUCAAAUAUUAAGACCAAAUCUGAACGUUUUUUUGGAUGUAUUUAAACCUUAUGUUUUGGAUUAUGAAUUUCCGGCAAGCUUGGUUAGAAAAAUGAACAAUGAUCCAUUGAAGUUGAGGCAUAAACAUCAGUUUUUUAGAGGUGCUUUCACUUAUCAUUGGCACAACAACUGGCGUAGGUCAAUUGAUCCUGGAUCUUGGCUUGGUGUGUUGGAAAGCGCUUAUGAUGCGUUUAUAGAAGGUAGAGGUUCAAAUAUGUAUAAUGAACAUUUGUCUUUUGUUAAAAAAAAAUUGCUGUAA